AUGCAAGAAAAGUUAGCUGCACAUGAUUCGGCAAUCAAAGGCAUUGAAACUCAAUUGGGACAGCUAUCUAUGGCCUUGAACAAUCGCCCACAAGGAACAUUGCCUGCAGAUAGAAACAUCAAUCCAACGGAGCAGAACCCAAAUCAGCUAAUGGCAGUGAGUCUCAGGAAUGGAAGGGAUUUAGACAGAGAGCAAGAAGUUGCUCAAUCUAGGAGAGAGACAAUGCCAACUACUUCAGUGACAUUAGAGACCGACGAGUCAGCAGAGCUCACAGAGGUUGUAAUUGAGCAGGCACAUGUUGACAAGGGUAAGGAGAAGGAAAGUGAACAACUCUUAGAACAGGUGGUAGAAAAAGCUUCUAUUAAAGAAAAGACACAAAGCAGUGGGCAAAGGUUGACUCCUGCACCAUUCCCUCAGAGGGAAAUGCCAGGAUAUGCAAAAAUGAUGAAGAACCUGAUAUCUCGAAAAAUUGACUUCCAGGACCUGUCUACUGUAACUGUGACUCAGACCUGCAGCGCGGUACUGACAAGACUUGUGGCUAAAAAAUUGUCUGAUCCGGGUAGUUUCACUAUCCCAUGCACCGUUGGGAGUUAUGCUUUUGUUAAAGCAUUGUGUGACUUGGGAGACAGUAUCAACUUGAUGCCCUUGGCAAUCUAUACAAAACUGGGCAUCGGCAGAGCUAGACCGACCUCAAUGUUACUGCAACUGGCUGAUCGCACAGUCAAAAGACCGAUACGAAUUUUGGAUGAUGUGCUUGUUCAAGUGGGGAAGUUUGUAUUCCCUGCAGACUUCGUUAUUCUUGACUGUCAAGUGGAUGAAGAGAUACCAAUUAUUCUGGGAAGACCAUUUUUUAGCCACUGGGAGAUGGAGGUUGUGGAUGUAAUACUGCAAGAGGAGGAUGAGACCCUUAAUGUCAAAGAUCCGUUAGAAGCCUGUUUGACGAAUUUGGAAGAGAUGGAUGGUGAAGAGUUGGCGGAGUGGGUCAUGGCCCUCGAGGGUCAAGGGUUCUGGAAAAGGGAACCACAGUUCGAGUCCCUGCGCUUAGAAGAAAGAGCAACACCACCUGCGAAACCAUCGAUAGAGGAGCCACCAUAG